GUAAUCUCCACCAUGUCUAAGACAUUCACAGCGAAAGAUGUUGCCGAACACAAGGACGAGAAGAACGGCAUGUACAUAAUCGUAGAUAGUGGCGUCUAUGAUAUCACAAAUUUCCUCGACGAGCACCCAGGAGGAGCAAAGAUCCUCAAGCGCAUGGCCGGCAAAAACGCGACGAAGCAAUUCUGGAAGUACCAUGGCAAGAAUGUUCUAGAAAAGUACGGCGGUAAGCUGAAGGUCGGGGACUUGACCGAGACGGCGAAAUUAUGAGAUGGCGGGGAGUUGUAUGACAGAUAUUUAGUGCUAGGGGAAUUACUUAUACACCGCGAGAUUAGCAAAGUCGUCAUCGCAUAUGUUGUGGUGGUGUUUGGUUUGCACAUACAGACAUACGAGUCAUCAAUCUACUAUGGGCUUGAAGUAAUUUUGAGCGUCAUCACUAGAACUAAUUUACUUGGCCUUUACAAAAGGGGUGCAUAUCAUAUCCACGAAUCCGCUACCUACAGUCAAGUUCAAUAAUAUUUAUCCCUCUAGACCGAAUCCCUACUUCAGAGCUCUCUAUAGCCGUGUAGCCAGCUUCAUUCAGACUCAACUCCGAAU